ACAUACAAUACGACUAAAACAGGUCAAGUUGUGGUACUACCAAUUAGCAAAUAUCAAUCUUGUUGUCUAUGCUGUUACCGUUGGAUUCAACCGUUACAGUAUUUUUAAGGCUAAGAUUAAAAUUCAAAACAAGAAAGGCAAGAGAGAGACAGAUGGUCACUUAAUUCUUCCACAUGGCUUUUAGUGACUACCCUCAUUAGAUCAUUAUUUUACUAUUUUUUCUUCUCCAUCUCCAAGCACUUGACUAAAUCCAUUUAAAUUCUUUUGACUAUAUUUCUCUAAUAUAUUUUUGUGCUAAAACUACAAAGCUCCAACUAAGGUAUGGCCAGCCAUUGUUUUUCUUCUGCAGGCUCACUUUUCACUACAUCUUCAUCUACCUUACACUCUAAAAAAGUUGAGGAGAAAUGGAUUGGAUCUUUUCCCCUAAAGAGAAGAAACCCAGUUCAUCUGAGGUUCUCUAGUGUCACUAGAACAAGAGCAGUUCUCAAUAACAAUUCAAAAUCAGUCGAAAUUCCCAGACAAUGGUAUAAUCUAAUAGCAGAUCUCCCUAUAAAACCACCUCCACCACUGAAUCCAAGGACUCAUGAACCAGUAAAGCCUGAAGACUUGUCCCCUCUCUUUCCUGAUGAGUUAAUUAAGCAGGAGACAACUAGUGAAAGAUACAUAGAUAUCCCAGAUGAAGUUAUUAAUGUCUAUAAGCUUUGGAGGCCAACUCCUCUCAUAAGAGCCAAGAGGUUGGAGAAACUUUUGGACACCCCAGCUAGAAUUUAUUACAAGUAUGAAGGUGUUAGCCCAGCAGGAUCACACAAACCAAAUAGUGCUGUUCCACAAGCAUAUUAUAAUGCAAAAGAAGGGGUCAAAAAUGUUGUGACAGAAACUGGUGCUGGUCAAUGGGGGAGUUCAUUGGCCUUUGCUUCCAGCUUAUUUGGUAUUGGCUGUGAGGUAUGGCAAGUUCGUGCAUCUUAUGAUCAAAAGCCAUAUAGGAGAAUGAUGAUGCAAACUUGGGGUGCAAAAGUACAUCCUUCUCCAUCUAACCUUACUGAAGCUGGUAGGAAUAUUCUUCAGAUGGAUCCUUCUAGCCCCGGAAGUCUAGGAAUCGCUAUCUCUGAAGCUGUGGAGGUUGCAGCUAUGAAUGGCGAUACCAAGUACUGCCUUGGAAGUGUACUCAACCAUGUUUUGCUCCACCAGACAGUCAUUGGGGAAGAAUGUCUAAAACAAAUGGAAGCUAUUGGUGAAACACCAGAUAUUCUAAUAGGAUGCACUGGUGGGGGUUCCAAUUUUGCUGGACUUAGUUUCCCUUUCAUCAGAGAAAAGCUCAAUGGGAAAAUGAACCCUGUGAUUAGAGCUGUUGAGCCAUCAGCAUGUCCUUCUUUGACUAAGGGUGUUUAUGCUUAUGAUUAUGGUGACACUGCUGGACUGACUCCUCUCAUGAAAAUGCACACUUUAGGCCAUGACUUUGUCCCUGAUCCCAUCCACGCAGGAGGGCUGCGUUACCAUGGAAUGGCACCGUUGAUAUCACAUGUUUAUGAACUGGGAAUGAUGGAAGCUAUUUCGAUUCCCCAGCUAGAGUGUUUCCAAGGUGCUAUACAAUUUGCUAGAACAGAAGGAUUGAUACCAGCACCAGAGCCAACACAUGCCAUAGCUGCUACCAUUAGAGAAGCCCUGAAGUGCAGAGAAACUGGAGAAGCAAAGGUGAUUCUAACAGCAAUGUGUGGACAUGGUCACUUUGAUCUUCCAGCUUAUGACAAGUUCUUGCAAGGAAAUAUGGUUGACUUGUCUUUCUCAAAGGAAAGGAUUGAUACAGCAAUGGCCAGUAUUCCUAAAGUUGUGGCCUAAAGAAAAUGAAUCGUAUAUUAAAUUGACUGCUAUAUUUGCUAAUAAAUUUCCUGAAAUGUUGGGUUGUCAUCGACUCUAGUUUUCUAGGUAACUUGAGACUGAGAGAAUCGUGUUUUGAAGAAUAAAAUGGUUUUAACGGAUUUUAUUCUUUGUAAUGUUAUGCAUUCAUAAUUAAUCAGCUAUUGUACGCGUCUUCAUCAAAUCGCUCAAACUGCAAAAAAAAUACGGUUUGAAUUUCUUUGCAGUGCGGUUGCGGUUUGAAUUUUUCUUAAACUGCACCGCGCGGUGUGGUUUGCGGUUUUGAAUUGUUAAUAUGCUGUUCAAACCGCACCACACUGCACAUUAUAAAAAUACCAAUUUUUAUAUUUAUUUAGGUCCAAUAUGUGAAUGUUCAACUUAAAGCCAACUUAUUAUUAUAUUGUUGAAA